CCACUUGUCCACAGAUCUGCAAGUCGCAGUAGCUCCGAGCCCGCCGCUCCUGUCUACUUCAACUCACGUUGACUCUCUUCCAUCACCAUUACAACAAACCCACAUUCAAUCCAUCCACUACAGAUACCAAACAUGACUCGCUCCCACAAGUUCACUGACCGUGACCACGCCGGCAUUGCUGAUGGCACUGCCGAGCGUGAAACGAGACUUCCCAAGUUCUUUGGCAAGUCUGGCCAUGCUGACACCGACCCUACCAAGACGAAGAAGGGUGGUAGUGGCAAGGGCAAUUGGGGCGCCGCCGGCGAUGAGGUCGAAGACAUCAGGCCCAACAUGGCCUACGCCCGUCGUCGAAGCAACUCGUCCACCCACAACAUGAAGGACUUCAAAACCAAGUUCGAGACCAUUGAGACCGAGCCCGUCUUUGAAGAGGAGAUUCACGGUCCUCUCGGCGAAGAGCUCGAAAAGCAGAGCACCACCUCAACCGAGAACAGCAUUGCUGAGGAGGAACACGACAAGAAGAUGUAAAGGCCAAGUGCGGAGCCUACGGGCAGUGGCAUGGCUCCAAGUUGACUGUGUGGCCGGCUUGUGGGAAAACCUUGCCCGCCUUGAGCAAUUUGAUAGAGCAGAUAUGAGCGUCUUUCCAGGCUGAUAUGCUCGCACAUGUACCAUGUUUCUCUGGGAGGUAUUUUACGUUCUCUAGUACAGCCAUGAGUGGUCAGGAGAACAUUCAUGGUUGGAAGCUGAUGACGACGGCGCUUUUGGACAACUGUAAUGAGUAUGAUAAACGAGAUACGAAAUAAAACAUAAAUCGAAUGACUGUUCUGCCUGACGUGU